UUCUCGGCAAUUCUCAAGUUACGAUUGCGAAAAUUCCCAAUGCUAAAAAUAACGCCUUGGAAAUAACCUCUUUUUCCCUCGUCACAUGCCGAGUAAGCAGUUAGUUGAAAAGAUUGUAAUCCAUCCAGAAUGUUGUCAAUGAUGAACAGAUUGAAUAUACAUGAUCACCAUGGUGGAUAUGACGAGGUACCGCAGCAUCCCUUAGACAGAUUAGAACCUCUGAGAAAUGAUAAAAUCUUAAGAAAAAACACUUUUAAUAGCUGGCCUAAAGAUACUAUAAUUAGUCAUAAUAUUUUAUGCGAAGAUGGAUUUUAUUACAUAGGAAUAAGUGACAAAGUUCAGUGUGCAUAUUGUGGGGGAGUGCUAAGUGGGUGGCAGAAAGGUGAUGACGUUCAUGAAGAACACAAAAGACAUUUUGGGAAGUGUCCACAGGUGAGGGGUGAUACGGUGAGUUAUGAUGAAAAUGACCUCGAAAUUGAUUGUGCACCAGAUUUUAGUGAGUAUACAGACCAACCAGAUCAAGCACAACAAGGUUCACCCGUACAUCAACCUGAACCACAUAAUUUUGGAUUUCAGAAUGAACAAAAAGAUGACCUUGUAGAAAAAGCUAAACCGGUACCUGUGGCAAAGGUUCAUAAUUCAAAAUAUGCCUUGUACAGCACAAGAUUGGAAAGUUAUGAAAAUUGGCCAAGUGAUCAUCAUUUAAAACCCAAUGAUUUAGCAUCUGCAGGGCUAUAUUACAAAGGUUCAGAGGAUAAGUGCCAAUGUUUCAUGUGCGGAGGCAUACUAGCAGAAUGGGAAAUGGAAGAUAUACCAAAAGACGAGCACAAGAAAUGGUUUCCAAAGUGUUAUAACAGCAUGGACAAUGAGUGAAGAAAUCUGUUACAACUAAGUCCCAUUUAUUUACAAGAUUACUGUUGGAUUCAUUAUUAUUCAUGGGAUAACAAUUUUCAUGGAUUUCUUAGGUUUAUGAAAACCACCAAUUUUGAUGGUCAACGAAGUAUAAAUUUUCUAUAGUCAUAUGCAGACUUUGGCAAAUUCGUGAAUUCAAAUAUUCAUGAAAAUACAUUUUUUUGCUCAAUCCAAGAAAAUUGUUACCCAUGAAAAAUAUGAAUCCACAGUAGUACAAUUGUAUAACAUUUAGAGCUCUUUUCCUAAUAGUUGUAGUUUAAAGGUAUGGUUGACUUGCUUGCUUUGUUUGUAUAAAUGUUUGCUCAAGCAUUGUAAUUAAGAUUGACAUCUGCAAUCAAUAGAUAGGCGGGGCUUCAGCUUGUAUACUUUAUCAGUGGCGGAUCCAAGGGGGGGGGGGGGGGGGGGGGUUCUGGGGGUUGGAACCCCCCUUUUUUGACGAUCAAUGCAUUUGAAUGGGGACAUAUAGUUGGAACACCCCAGUUAUCCUAGGUUAGGAACCCCCUCUUUUAUAAAUGGCUGGAUCCGCCCCUGAUUAUACUUAACAUCCAAUAACAUUUAAGUACAAUGUAUACAAGCUAAAGCCCCGCCUAUCUAUUGAUUGCAGAUGUCAAUCUUAAUUACAAUGCUUGAGCAAACAUUUAUACAAACAAAGCAAGCAAGUCAACCAAACCUUUAAACUACAACUAUUAGGAGAUUAAAGCAAAGAAAAAAAAAUUUUGAUGUAAAGUAGCAAAAAAAAAAAAGGAAAUAUUCGUUCAAUAGAUUGACUCCUGAGCAGAAAAUGCUCUCAAUUUUCAGUAUCCCCAGAAUCAAAUAUGGGUCAUAUUAAAUAUAGACAUAGUAUGUCCUUGCAAGCAAUUUUAAAUGAGGAUUUAAAACACAAGUCCUCGAAGUACAACUUCCUACAAGUAUUUAAGUAGCAGUGAUGAUAAAACUCGUCUACUUUUAGCUGUAACGUCAAUGCGUCGACUUUCUCUUGUGGCAUUUCCAUAUUGACACUUAAAUUUUUCAAGCUCAAUACAUGUAUAUUCUGUUUUUUUGUGCAUCUCUCGGGAAUAGUACCCAACAUUUUUGGUUAAUCGACAAUUCAUUUAAGAUAUGCUUGCACAGUCUGUCCUCUGGUAGGUUAUCCUUUUAAAGUACCCAACUUUUUGACAGGUAAUAAAAGCAGUCAUUUGUUCCCAUCCUAGAUCGCAAAGUAGAGUGGGCCCAGGGUUAUCCAGUUAGAUAAUCAUAUCAGUUUUAGCUGCAUAGUAUUGCCAACUAUUGAUAAUUGACAUAUUACAAAUAACAGCAUCCAGACCACACAUGUAUAUGUUAUUGAUAGCCUUAUGACCAAGUUACAUGGGGUGUCUUGAAAGUUUACAGUUAGAAACUCCAUGCUCCCAGAGGACACGUAAUAAUUAGUUCAGAAUGUUAUUCCUUUUGACUUUCAAACAGAUGUUUAUAUUGAAAUUAGAUUUCACUGAUCUAUUUAUAUAAUAACUGACAAAUGACUGAGGAAGUUAUAUUCAUUUAACUCCACGAUAUUAAAGUCAUCUAGAGACCAGGUACUUUAUGGAUUAAACGCUUUCUAACUACCAGAACGUUGGUUUUCUUAUGAUUGAAUUUCAAAUUCCAUAUAGACUUGUAGAUCUUCUGGCAAUUAAGCAUUAAGAACAUCAUCUGCAAAUUGGAGACACUCAUUAAGUUGUAAUGUAAGAUCAAAACCAACACUACUCAUUUAACAUAUCCAGCAAGUUCUUCAUAAGCACUGAAAAAAGUGUAGGUAACAAAACAUAACCCUGUUUAACACUGAAUUUCUGUUCAAACCAGGUAGAUUCAAUGUCACCAAAUAAACCCUAUUUUCUACAUUACUGUAAAUAUUCUUAAUUAGACACUGCACCUUCUCUUGUAUACCACUUAGCCCAUAAUUUGACAAAGAGUCUGUCAUACCACACUAUUGAAUGCCUUCAAGAACAGUACAUAGCCUGCAAAGCUUAACAUUUAUCUUAGAUGCAUCGAUCCAUAGGUAAGGUGCCAUGUUUUCUCUAAGUACAAAUGUACUUUAUGAUGUUCUAGGAAGUUUACGAUAUGUAUUUCCAAAGUUCUUGAAAUAAGUUUGUAAACAUUUGACGACAAAGUGAUACCUUUCUUAAGUAUCAAGAUCGUAAACAGAAACAGGUUUUAUGUAGAAGAUGUAUAAUUCCCCUCUGCCAUUCAGCUGGUAUCAGUUCAGAAUCAAAUAUAAAGGUAAACAGAUCACAUAAAGAUUAUACCGUUGUAUCACCACCUUAUUUUAGGAAGUCGUUUGUAAUAUCAUCAAAGCAUUUUAUAAUUUAAUCCAACAUAAUGCAUUUGAAACGGAGGAAAAGUCACUGCUAGCAAUUGUUCUUAUUAUAAUAAACUAUUGUACAAUAUGUCAAGCUUUAUAUUGCAAGAGACCUGUGAAUAAAUUAAACAUCAACAAUUAAAGAUAUGUCAUCAAUUCCUUAAAUGAGAAAGAAUUUAAAGAUACAUUUAUGACAUUUAUAAGAUAACCACUGGCAAGGUUCCUGACAGUUUUUUAGUUGUAUUUGAUGGUUGUAAUGUGUUUGAUUCUAAUAUGGUUUGGACUAUAUUUACAUUUCUGUCGUAGUGGUUAAGUACAUUUAAUGUGCCUACAUGUAUUCAUGUGUAAUACAUUUUAAAUUUUAAUUGUUAUUCAUAUUAUAUAAACCUAGACUUAAAUUACUUUGAAAACUGCAUAGAUUUUGUUCUGCCUGUAGCUUAAACAUGGUAUUGCUUUUCUUUCACAUUAUCAUAUAUUAACCUCAAUUUUAUAUAAGGUAGGUCGAUUUAUCUUCAAUGCGUGCCAGUAUUUCUUUAAUGAAAUCAUUAUAAUUCUCACAGUCUUUUCCAACUAAUCUUAUCAUGCUUAUUAUGUUAGAUUUUACAAACACGUGCAUGUGAUAUGUCAUGUGUUUGCUGAUAAUUGAAGUGAUAAUUUUUUUAUGUAAAUAAUUUUGUCACAUUUUUGCCUAAUUUUUAAAUUAUUUCAGAUCUUAAUGUACAGUAACAAUUCUUUCUCAAACUACAAUUUUAAAGAUAAAGAAAUAUUUGGUACCCUCAUUUAUAUUAAUUUUCAGUGUAAUUAAAAAUAAAAAUUGCUGAGUUUCAGUCAAUAUACAUGUAGUGGUAGGUGCAAAAGGUUAGAAAGAAUAUUUGUGAAAGGUACAACCACAAAAUUAAAAAGCAAAAACAGCAAAUAUAAAUAACACAAAUUAAGAAAAGCUAAAAUACAGAAAUCGGCAGCCCCAUACUCCCACCUAUUUAAAGGUCUUUGUUGUUGAAAAAGGUAAAGAUCCAGAUGGCAUAAGGAUGACUGGUUAAGAAGAGUUGUGCAAAUGUUUGACCCUUUUGACCAUUUCUAUCUUUUGUGUUUUAUCACAACACAACAUGUAUUUUGUCAGAAAAUGAAGGUACAAAAAAGGUAACUAUGUUCUUUUGUUACCUUUUAUAGAUUUUCCCUGGGUAUUUUAACCCCAAAAACUUCAUAAUGUGAAACAUUUUAUUUAAUAUUUGAUGUUUAAUCUAGUGAUAACCUGAAAGGUGUGUAUUUACUGAAUCUGUUUUAUAUUUCUUUCUGUCAUUUUAACUUUUUGUUUUGAUAAAAUUUAUUUCAUGUA